ACGGCUGUUUGUCUUGGGUUAAGUAGGAUGCUCUUUGCCUUGGCUCCGGAGAAGACGACUAUGGAUUAUUUCGGAGAGCCGCCUGAUGUCGUGCCACUGGCAUGGUGGGUGACACAUAUUCUUUUCGAGAGUGUCUAACACAGAUGGACUCCGACGAUCUGGACAAAAUAUGCAGAAGAUGACCGUUGCAGUUACACUGUGCUUCCUGUUAUGCACAGAUCUGCUGGAUAUUGUCCUGGGCUACUUGACUGUCACCAUUGAGCCCUUGCCUCCAGUGGUGAUGGGAGACACUGUGACACUGAAGUGUAAUUUCAGGACUGAUGGCAACCUGCGCGAGAUCGUGUGGUUUCGGGUCAUGGAUGGAGGCAGCUCAAAACAGAAAAUAUUCACAUACGAUGCCAUGUACAACACUAACUUCUCACACAUGGAGGAUUUUCGGAAGAGGGAAGAUCUGGUUUACCAGUCAACUGUAAGACUUCCAGAAGUCCAGAUGGAAGACAGCGGUCCGUACGAGUGUCAUGUCGGUAUCUAUGACCGAGCGUCCCGAGAGAAGGUGGUCUUAGCCUCCGCAAGCAUAACUCUCAUUGUAAUGUCGCCUCCCAAAUCCAUAUCCGUGGUAACUUCAGAUCCAUACGCCCGGUUCAAUCGCUACGAAGCACAGAACUUCACUCUGGUGUGCAUCGUGAAAGGAGGAAAGCCUGCACCCAUGGUCUACUUCAAGAGAGACGGGGAGCUGAUUCAGGUGGUUCCAGAGAGCCAAGCCCUGCAGUCUGCUGAGCCAGGCCGAUCCCCUGACUCAGCCCCCUGGCCUGCCAGAAGACCAGGCAGGCCCUCUGGCCAAGCACCCUCGUGGCCGGCCCAGAAACCAGGCAAGAGCCCUGCCUCAGCCUCCGCCCCAGACCCGGACCGGGACUCAGACAAGGACGUGAGGCCCCUCAUCAGCAGAGACUUGGACGACACCAAGAUCCAGAAGUCCGUGUCCCUGGUGGACCAGAACGGGGAGCCGGUGCGGCUGGACAUGGAUGGCCCCUCCGCCCCACGCGGUGUCACCGCGGCGAACCGUGGUGGUGGUGGUGAUGGUGACGGCCGUGGUCGCGUGGGUGGUGAGGGUCGUGCCGCCGGGGACGUCAUGUACCCGAGUCUGCAGGACAGCAGCCCCACCACCACCGAGGUCAUCCCCGAGACGGUGGUCAGCCGCGAGUUCCCGCGCUGGGUGCAGAGCACGGACCCGCUCUACUACUUCAACCACACACGCGUGGAGCUGUCGGACGGCACCAUGGAGGUGUACGCCAUGCUCACCUGGAGCCUCAACCCCCAGCUGGACAACGACGCGCUCUUCAGCUGCGAGGUCAAGCACCCCGCACUCUCCAUGCCCAUGCAGGCUGAGGUCACACUCUCUGCCCCAAAGGGACCAAAGUUGUCCAUGACUCCCAGCAGGGCCAAAGUUGGAGACACAGUGCGCAUGAGUGUGGAAGGCUUCCAGCUCGGCUCCAAAGGGAACGAGGUGUUCCCGGAGCCUCUGUUCACGUGGACGCGUAUCGGAGGCCUCCUGCUGGAUGGCAGUGAGGAGCGCAUCGGGAAGGUGCUGGUUCUGGACCGCGUGCCGGCAGAACUCAACGGGUCCAUGUACCGCUGCACGGCCCAGAACCCACUGGGGUCCACCAACACACACACACGCCUCAUCGUCUUUGAGAACCCAAGACUGCAGAAAGGAGCAAAACAGCUAAGUGAUAUGGCCAACAGUGCAAGGUACAGUAGCAGGUUAUUGAUGCUGCUGGUCGCCGCGGUGAUGGGACUCACGUGAUUGGCUGAGGAGGAGACAGUGAUGUGACUCUCUCGCUCUCUCUCUCUUUAUGACCUCAUCAUCGGCUUCGCUCUCUUUCUCAUCCUCCAUCCUCCACUCAUCCACGCUCCGGACUGCCCAGCCUGCACACCAUCUCACUCCCAUAGAGAACCCUCAACUCACCCUUUUCCUUUCUUCUAUCAUUUAUUAUCAUUUCCAAUAAGAGUCCUUGGAAAAGAUGAGAAGGUAUCAGGAAUAUAAGGAGGUCAUGAACAAAAAUACCAUAUCUUGAACUGUCAUGGUGCCAGGAUAGCAGUCUGUUUGUAUUUUUACUGGUAUGGACAGAUUUCACAGGAAUGACACAAGUUGGAAAUGAACAGAGACUCAAUCAAAUGUUUUUUUUUUUAAAUGUUGUGUUAAUGUUGCACACCACAAUUCUUGUCCUACUCACCCUUGUGGUCCAGGCUUUUAGCCAAGGAUGUGUCUGUCCAGUAGCCUAGUAACGCUUACGAGCACAGCACUUGUUUCAACACAACCGACCUGGAGGCUUUGCAAGGUGUGAGUGUGUUAACCUGUAUUCAUUGUCCAGUUGAAGAAGGCUCUUUCUGAGGGAGGUUACACACAAACCGUUUACUCCAGUUACACACAGGAGUCUCUACUUCACAUCCUCAACUGUAGAUGGCGGUGUAGAGCUAAGUUUGUGAAGUUGCGUUGCACCUGAGGCAAUGUGCAUCUACAUGAGCUCUGUAUGGUAGAUUCUUUUGAAUGUAUGAGCCUGGACAGAGAUUUUUUUAUUUUCUUUCAGAGAGAAUUAUAGAUAGCCUACGUCAAUGUUCGUAGUAUAUGUGCAAUCUUGAAGAUCUUUCCCCAUUCCUAUUAAACAUCAGUUUAUUUUGA